AUGUUGGUGUCCACCAGCAACUUGUCUGGACACGUUCGAACCUUUUCGACCGGGAGAUUCUCCACAGCCGAGGACGACAGGGUUACCAUUCCUUGUCAUGGGAACACUCGCAUUCGGAUCACUUCUCUCUAUGCUAUCGGGGAUACUUCAUUAUUGAACAAGAUCGGUGACAUGGAAACGCAACGAAACGCAGAGCGGAACGGACCAGUGUUGUUUGGUCAAGCCAAUUUUGGUCCACCCCCAUCCGGGUCUCCCGUAUCGUCCGCCGACCUUGCAUGCAUGUUUGUCACCUGA